AUGGAAGCCGACCGGUCUGAGGUUCCGCAAUAUGCUGCGGAUUCUGACAGCUCCAGCGACUCCGAUAGUUCGAGUGAAUCGGCACUUUCUUCGAAAGAAGUGACAGUGAACGUUGGCGUUGAAGAAUACGAAGACGAUGACAACGAGGAGCUGCAGGAUCAGAAAAAGAAUACUUUCUCAGCUAGUGAAAAUAAGAACUGCUUUCUGAUUGAUGCUGAGCAGGACGCGGUACUUGUGGGCUUGAGCGAAAAGCAGCGGAUGUACAUCUCGGGGGUUUUCAAGCUGCAGGUGGUCAAAGGCGGGAUUAUAUACAACAAUGUGCAUUACAACGCGUCUAGCGAGAAAUUCAACGUUUGGCAUCCGCUGUGUAAUGCAGUUCCUGCCAUUCAGGGCUCGUUUUACGCCGGGUGGGAAGAAACUCUCCCGAUCGGGGACAGAUACAGAGACAUUGUUUUAGAUGAACUGAGCGAAUAUUCGUGUGUUGUAAAGAUUCAGAAUGGGUGCGUCAAAGGCCUUAUGGGUGCGGCCGAACUUUUCCCUGAUGUGCGAUAUCUGUGGAGGACGCCGGAUAGUCGAAAAUUGGGUUUCGUAUCUGAUAAUUGCACCUAUAGCAUUAUGAGGGAGGAUGUAGAUCAAUUUAAUGCCCUUCACAUAUCCAACGAGUGGUCGACUAGUAUUGAAAAACUUACUGUUGUGCACAAGAGCUCUCUGCAUGAUACAAGGAUAAUGAUAAUAGGUGGCAAGAAUUCCGGGAAAUCUACACUUCUGCGACUGCUAACCGAAAACUUUCUUUUCGGCGGAGACAUGCAAGCUGUGGAUAACGAAAUAUCAUACCUAGAUUUGGAUCCAGGUCAACCAGAAUACUCAGAUCCAGAUUGCAUUUCAUUAACCUGCGUCCAGCGCAAAACGAGGGUAUUGGGGCGGCAUCUCGGACAGCCGUGUUUCGAAGUACUGCGCCAGCAUUACAUAGGAUCCAGUUCCCCUCAGGAAAUGCCAAGCUCCUAUUUAGAGUGCGUCAGUGAUUUGAUCAGCUAUCUCGAAGAGCUUAAUCAGAUGGGGACAUCAUUGGUAAACUUACCAGGAUGGAUUAAGGGCUUUGGUUUAAAUAUUAUAGGCCACAUACUUUCCAGAUACAAGCCCACCCACAUUGUCAUUUUAGAGUCGAAAGGGUCUAGAAGACACUUGAGUGACCUGAACUUGGAUUUAACUUUUAACUCCUCUUCGCGCUCCGACUACAGACCAGUCGUAACAACAAUGACCGGUAUAUCAGUUAAUCCAGACGACUUUAGGUUCCAGCCGCCUCAAAUAAGGACUUUUAAAACUUUGUCAUACUUCCACAUGAAGGAGAGGUCUACCACAAGCCUUUCGUAUGAUUUUUCUCCCCUUCUUUUGAAACCUCCCUUGCAAAUCUCCUUUGGGAUUACUGGUAUUCAAGGUUUCAGUUUCCCAGAAGAAUUUGCUGGGUUGCAUGAGAACGAUAUCAGGACAGCUUUAGAAGGCACCAUUGUGGGCCUCUACAUGUGCGUUAACAGUUUCCAGGACUCACUGGCCAUCAAGGGUGCGUUCCCAAUUCUAACCCGUAGACUGGUUAAAAUGGAAUUCGUUUCUUUAGUCCUAGUACACUCCGUUGAUACCGAUGCGAAGCUCCUGAAUGUUUUCGUGCCAGAAACGAAACUGGGCGUCCUGAGAGGCAACUCACGAACUUCGUGGCUCGUUCUGCGAGCCAAAUCUGAGACACCAUUUUGUGAGCUAUACCCAAGAAACAAUAUGUUCUCCGGUGCUCGCACCCCGUAUGUCUCCUUCGAUCUCAGAAAGAAACAUGAGCAUGUAUGGAAGGUUCGUAAAAACGUCAUGAGAAGGGGACAUCAUCUUAAGUGA